AUGGCGGGUGAAAUUGGCGGUAAUGGUGGCGGUAGUUGCGGUGGUGAUAGUGACGCGCCGUCCUCCCCCAGAAACAGGGUCAAGUUCUUGUGCAGCCAUGGUGGCAGAAUCCUACCCAGGCCCGCCGACAGCCACCUCAAGUACGUCGGAGGGGAGACUCGCGUCGUCGCAUUGUCUCGCAGCAUUACGUUCGCAGAGUUGAUGAAAAAGGUGAGUACAUUGUCUGAUGGGGAGAUGGUGCUGAAAUACCAGCUAGUCACGGAGGAUCUCGACGCCUUGGUCUCCGUCAAAAGCGACGAGGAUCUAAAGCACAUGCUCGACGAAUAUGAUCGACAAGAGAGCGAAGGGAGCCCGAAGCUGCGAACAUUCUUGUUCCCGUCCAAGCCAGUGGUGAUCGAGAGUCCAACCCCGUCGUCGGAACACCAAAUGCUGGAGCAGCGUUACAUUGACGCCGUCAAUGGAAUCAUUCGAUCACCACCGAAAAUGCAGCCCCAACAGCAGCAGAAUGCUCCGACUGCCCCGAUGAUCAUCGCAAGUAGCCCCAUGGGCAGCCUCAGCAUAUCUUCGGCGUGUUCAUCGCCCACAUCAGUAUCCCCAGAACAGCACGCGCUUGUGGGUGACAUAACCAUGGGAGGUCACCGGUUCUUGCUUACGCCUCCAAUGCAUAAAGUGCACAGCUCGCCGAGUAUUUGCAGUGCAUAUCAAGGCCAUGCUCAAGGGCGUCACCAUCACCCUAAUUACCACCAGAACCACCACCACCAUGCGUACCAGUCUUCGCUUGGUGCAAGAGCACACCACCUAGGGAUUAGGACACCACCUCCUUCGUCGCCAGUCAGGUCUGAGUCCGGGAGCGCACGGGGCUCGUUGAUGGGCCCUGCUGUUUCUACUGGGCAUGCCCAAAAUUCGAUUCCUUACAACUACCCUACUGGUAGCAAAAAUAGUCCUAGAUCAUCACUAAGACUAAGUGGUGGCGGCUGCGGUGGUGGAUGA